AGAUUCGCGUUCAAAAGCUUUUUGACUCUACCCACUCUCCGUAGCGCCUUAGCCCGCUCGAGUUUCAAUGCGCGUUGUUGCUGGACGAAGCUGUGUCCUAUACAGCGCUCGCUGCUCGCCUGAUCAUGGCUUCUUCGAGUUCCUUCACCUACUAUUGUCCUCCAUCUUCCUCCCCUGUCUGGUCAGAACCGCUGUAUAGUCUGAGACCUGAGCACGCGCGGGAGCGGUUGCAAGACGACUCAGUGGAAACAGUCACGUCCAUAGAACAGGCCAAAGUAGAAGAACGGAUCCAGGAGGUCUUCAGUUCUUACAAGUUUAACCACCUAGUACCAAGGCUCAUCUUGCAGAGGGAGAAGCACUUCCAUUAUCUGAAAAGAGGCCUUCGACAGCUGACGGAUGCCUACGAGUGUCUGGACGCCAGCCGCCCCUGGCUCUGCUACUGGAUCCUGCACAGCUGGGAACUCCUGGACGAACCCAUCCCCCAAGUAGUGGCUGCAGACGUGUGUCAGUUCCUGGAGCUGUGUCAGAGUCCAGAAGGUGGCUUUGGAGGGGGCCCUGGGCAGUACCCACACCUUGCGCCCACGUAUGCAGCUGUCAAUGCGCUGUGCAUCAUUGCCACGGAAGAAGCCUACAACGUCAUUAACAGAGAGAAGCUUCUUCAGUAUUUAUACUCCCUGAAGCAACCCGAUGGCUCUUUUCUCAUGCACGUUGGAGGUGAGGUGGAUGUGAGAAGCGCGUACUGUGCUGCCUCAGUGGCUUCUCUAACCAACAUCAUCACGCCAGACCUCUUUGAAGGCACCGCCGAAUGGAUAGCAAGGUGCCAGAACUGGGAAGGUGGCAUCGGCGGGGUGCCAGGGAUGGAAGCCCACGGCGGCUACACCUUCUGUGGCUUGGCUGCGCUGGUAAUCCUCAAGAAGGAACGCUCUUUGAACCUGAAGAGCUUGUUGCAAUGGGUGACAAGCCGGCAGAUGCGAUUUGAAGGAGGAUUUCAGGGCCGCUGCAACAAGCUGGUGGACGGCUGCUACUCCUUCUGGCAGGCAGGGCUCCUGCCCCUGCUGCAUCGCGCACUGCACGCUCAAGGCGACCCUGCCCUCAGCAUGAGCCACUGGAUGUUCCAUCAGCAGGCCCUGCAGGAGUACAUCCUGAUGUGCUGCCAGUGCCCAGCGGGGGGGCUGCUGGACAAACCUGGCAAGUCACGUGACUUCUACCACACUUGCUAUUGCCUGAGUGGCCUGUCCAUCGCCCAGCAUUUCGGAAGUGGAGCCAUGCUGCAUGAUGUGGUCAUGGGUGUGCCUGAAAAUGCUCUGCAGCCCACUCACCCCGUCUACAACAUCGGACCCGACAAGGUGAUCCAGGCCACCACAUACUUUCUGCAGAAGCCAGUCCCAGGCUUUGAAGAAUGUGAAGAUGAGGUGACCUCAGAUCCUGCCACCGACUAGAGGACCCCAUGGCUGCUCCCCCAGCUCCCCCGUCCGACAAGGUUUCUCCAUUUGGGUACAGAGCGCACUCUGUGCUUCCGUGAGCCUUGGCCGCUGUGGAGUUGUGGUUUCUUUGUCCUUUCCUGUCAAACAAAACAAAGCCAUCAGCUCUGGGUUCAGAAUACACAGUGGUGUGAUUUUUUAAAAUUAUUUUCAUACCUGUCAAAUCAAAACUCCGUGAGCCUGUGCAGUGGGGUUGGAGGAGAGCAAUGCAUGCUGGGAAGCAGCAGCCUCUCCUGGCAGCCAGCAGCCUGGCCCACCACGCUGAAAUGAGGGUAUCUCCGCAUCCCAGCCCCUGCUGUGACUCCCUCCUCCACACUACCAUUCAGUCGCCUCUCGCGUAGAAACGUCAGCUCCGUGCUGGCCAGGGUGGGGCUCUGGGUCCUGCCUACGUGAGCUCCCUGGAAAAGAUCACUGGGCUGGAGCAGCGCCUGCUUCUGCUUGUGUCCUUCACCCAGUCACCUGCAAAGGACAGCGGCUGGGAAUGGAGGAGAACCUUAGGUUGAGUCCCUCCCCUCAACCUGGGAGAACUGAGCCACACAUCUCUCCAAGGCCAUGUUUGGUGUAAGCAAGACUUGUUUUGUCCUAGAUACGACUAGACCCAGGUAACCAAUUAUGAUUGGAAAAUCAACCUCUACGUCAACUCUGUGCCAGAGGAAGCAGCUUCCCCCAGAGCCCAGGCCCUGCCUCUCCCCAUCAUGUACCAGGAGAGGUCCUCCUCCUCCUCCAGGCAGUGCUGCAGCCCAGGCUCCUUCCGUUUCCGCCCCCUCCCCCAGGACAGUGUUGUCUUUGCUCAUCUAGAGUAUUAACACUACUAAGGCUUCACCUUAACUGAAGACUCGGGAUUUAUUCCUGCCCUGCGCACUGCAGGCUCACUGGAACAGAAUCAAGCGCCGGUGCACUGGCUGCUGUGGGGACAGUGGCCUUGGGCGGUAGGGCAGGCACUGCCAGGGUGCCAGGGUGCCGACUCCUGGAGCUGCCUCUGCACUGGCCCUUUCGGUCGGCAGGGGGCUGAGUUUGGUCAUCUGUCACGGCUUCAGUCACAGCGAGCUCAUGUGACUGUCCCAGCCUUCAUGUGGACAGGCAGACAGGAGCCUGAGAUGCAGCAUGAGGCUCUUCCCCAAAUCACUGGCCAUGUGCCGCCUCUAAUUCCCUAUUGCUUUGGUGUACUGGGCUAUGUAUUACCUCCUUAAAAUAAUAAAAGAGUAACAUUUUC